CCAAAACACACUCACGUUGUUUACACUCCUUAAAAUGUUCGAAUUUUUUAAAAAGAUUAAAUAUAUUACUAUAUUUACGUGGUUUCUAGUAAAUACGUUUGUGCUCCAAGUCUUAAUUUAGCAAUCACCAGCGGUUUAUUAAAUGGUUUGUGCAUAUUUUUCUUAGGUUUGUUGGUUUUCUUUUUCGAAAUAGCACGUGUUUAUAAACGAAUAAAUAUGACUACUUACAUCGAAUGGAAAACGCUGUUAUGACGAUCCUUUACUGUACCUUUAUACAUUCAUUGAUAAGAUUUUGAAGUUACGAACCAUGAACCAUGCUAGUAAUUGGAUUGAAAUAUGCGACGAGCAAGCCAGAAUCAAUGCCGAACGGCUAGUUUCAUCAUUUUCAUCUCAGCCAUCGACUCGACAAGAAGUGUUAGGACAUUACAUUAAAGUAUUUGCUGCUCAUUUUAAACGCGAGUGUGAUAGGUAUAAUUGGCCAGAUAAUGAUUCUGGUAACAGUGAUUCGGAUACAGAAUCGAUGAUAACAGUGAAAAAAAAACCUUUCUUCAGACGAAUGUCAUUUAGAGCCCUUCGACCAUUGUUUCAUAAACAGCAUUCUGAUGAAGUAGAACUUGAUGCUGCAUCCAUAGUAUCACAAAGACCUAUGAAAUGUAAGAAAAAGUUAGCCAAAAUUGUUGUAGAAUGUCGCAAGGAAGGUAUAGUCAAUUACCGAUUAGGUGAGACGAUUGAUGGUGGUGAACCCAAAUGGGAAAAAGCUAGAUUAGCUUUGGUUAAAAAUACAGAUGGAUAUACUCUAGAAUUUUAUUGCCCUCCUAAGUCUUUAAAACCAAAGCAUGGAGUAUUCUGUUUUUUGAUACAAGAUGCAAGGGAAACCAAAGAAAUUGAAAUGCCUGAAAGAUAUACUAAUACAUUUGUAUUAAAAGAUGAAAAUAAUGUUGAGUAUAUAAUUGAUGCAUUAAGUCCAGAAGAAAUGCGUCAAUGGCUUGCAACUGUUAAAUACUGCAUGCGUAAACGUGAUGGUUUGCAUGAUGAUAUUAGCAUUAUUGGCAAUAUUGAUGGUAUGUUGGAUUCAUCAACUGCACAUUCAAGUGAAACACUAUUAAACUCACCUCAAAGUUCCACUAAUAAUUUAGAUAUUAUUGUGAAUAAUGAUAUUGAAAAUGAUAUUUCGACUUCUCUUCGCCUUUAUCCAUGGUUUCAUGGUAUGCUGGCCAGAUCUGAUGCUACAAACUUGGUAUCACAUUUAGGCAUUGAUGGACAUGGAAUGUUUCUAGUCAGACAGUCCGAAACCCGAAAGGGUGAAUAUGUAUUGACAUUUAAUUUUAAAGGAAAACCAAAGCAUUUACGAAUGACACUAAAUGACCAAGGACACUGUCGUGUUCAGCAUCUAUCAUUCCCUAGUAUACAAGAUAUGCUUGAACAUUUUCAAACACAUUUAAUUCCUUUGGAAAAUGGUGGACCAGGAGAUGUGACUCUCAGAGAAUACAUACUAAACACACCAAUUAAAUAUGGUAUGCUUCCGAGUAAUUCCAAUAUUAAUUUUAUUGUUAUUACACGGGAUCCAAAUGUUCCAUUAACUCAGAAUUUGGAACAUGGAUUAAGACCUUCAGCUCCUCAAUUAUAUAGAGAAUUUAAGACCAUGUUAGCUCCUAUUAGAACCAAAACAAAAGACUUACAAACAGACUUUACUAAUCGGUCAACACCAGAACCAGGGGUUGGCAAUGUUAUAAGAGCAGUCAACAACCAGUAUACUUUAAGAUAAUUAUAUGGAAAUUCCACAUGUAUAAAUAUGUUCAGUAUUAAGCAUGUAAACAUUUUAUUAUU